AUGAGUGGUCUGACAGGAGUGGCUCAGGUGCUACACCACAAGGUGUCGCUCAUCAAGUCGCUCAUGGAGGAUCUGUCCGAGUUCGCAUCUGAGAACUGCGUGCACGCCUAUUUUGCCGAUUCUCUUUCGAUGUUUCAAAUGCUGGAGGAGGAGCUCUCCAUCCAAUUCGACAGGGCCAACUUCUUCCUCUCCUUCCUGGCGGACCACAGCGUGCCUCCACCUGCCGCCUCUGCUGGCUACUUCUCUGUGCUGCCUCGAGAGGUGGAACUGCACAUCAUGUCCUACCUCAGUGAGAGCGAGCUCAACACGGUCGCCCUCCUUAGCAAUCACCACAAGCAGCUCGCGGAUGACGACGAGCUGUGGCGGCGCCUGUACGGUGUCAAGUGGGCCAGCAGACGAAAGCAGCGCUCGUCGUACCCCACCGACGAGACGUCGUGGAAGAACUACUUCGUCGAGCGCCAGAAGGUGGAAAGGCACUGGAAGACCGGCGAGUACGCCAUCAAGACGGUCCAGGGCCACUCCGGUCCCGUUCUGUGCUUGUCGUUCGACAACCGCAACAUCAUCACCGGCAGCGGGCACAGGGAGAUUCGAGUGUGGGAUCUCAAGACCCGACGAUGCAAACACACCCUCUCAGGGCAUACCGACUCGGUGUACUGCCUCCAGCACGAUGACGAGAAGAUAGUUUCUGGAAGCGCCGACAAAACUGUGCGCAUCUGGCAAAUCCGAGACCGAGAUUCGUGGCAGGACUUGGACCAGAGCGGGGACGAGGCCGGGAUCAAGUGCACCAAGCGGCUCACUGGUCAUACGGACGCGGUGAUGAGCCUCCAGUACGACAAAGAUCGCAUCGUCACCGGCAGCGCCGACAACACCAUCAAAGUCUGGGACCCCGUGACCGGGAAGUGUCUGGCGACACUGCAGGGCCAUACUGGCCGUGUGUGGUCGCUCCAGUUCGAGGGCAAUCGGUUGGUCUCGGGAGCUAACGACAAGACAAUCCGCGUGUGGGACUUGCAAACCGGCGUGUGCACCAUGACGCUCCAGCGACAUACGCAUUCGAUUCGUUGCUUGCAGUUCGACAAAAACAAGAUCAUGAGCGGCUCCAACGACAGAACAAUCAAACUAUGGGACGUCAACACUGGCCAGUGUCUACACACGCUCAAGGGUCACACCGACUGGGUGCGCUGCCUCAAGUUUGACGACUCCAAGAUGGCGUCGGGUGGUUUCGAUGAGACCAUCAAGCUGUGGGACAUGCACACCGGCAAAUGUCUCACGACCCUCAAAGGACACACGGACGCGGUGAUGUGUUUGCAGUUCGACUCCCGGCGGAUCGUGUCGGGCAGCAAGGACAAGAACCUGAUCGUGUGGGACUUCACACAGCGAGAGAAGCGGCGCGAGGGCCGAAUCGUACUCAAGACCAAGAAAAGCGCCACCCACGAUGGCGCCUACAUAUGGAAGGGCCGUGGUCGCGGUGUGCCCCUCGCUUCCUGA